AUGGCGCUGUACGACCGACAGAUUCGACUGUGGGGUGCGAAGGCUCAGCAGCAGAUCCAAUCUGCCAAAGUGUUGCUGAUCUCUCUUCGGGCACUGGGAACUGAAAUUGCAAAGAAUCUCACUCUUGCCGGAAUCAGUCAACUGACUAUCGUCGACAACGAGCCUGUUACUGAGGAGGAUCUUGGUUCGGGCUUCUUCUUGCGCGAAGAAGACAUAAAUAAGCCGCGAGGCGAGGCAGCCGUUCCACGCAUUCAAGAGCUCAAUCCGCGCGUCAAGGUUACAGCUGACGGAGGCUUGCAAGAUCUUCUGAUCAAGGAUCCGAUGUACUAUGCUCAAUUUGAGUGUAUCAUCGCAUGCGAUCAUGACUUCAUGACACUCUCCAUGAUCAAUACAGCAGCGAGGUUUGCCAGCCGGCCUUUCUACGCUGCAGGAAUCCACGGCUUCUACGGCUAUAUCUUCACCGACCUUGUAGCACAUGAAUUCGUCAUCGAGCGCGAGAAGUCGAAUAGACCAACAGCUGUGACGGCAGAGACUCUUACUCGCGCCGUUCUGGGCGUCACGGAAAAGAAGGAAAACAAUGGCAAGACCAUCGAAAUCGUGAAGAAGUGCGAGAUCUAUUGUCCUUUCAUCCUCGCAAACUCCUCACCCCUGCCUCUGGAUGUGCUCAAUAAUCGCCGGAAGCUGAAGAAUGUGCCGCCACUUCUACCCUGUCUUCGCGCUCUCUUCGAAUUCGAGCGUGAAGUCAUGCAUCUUCCGGCAGCAACGCCACAAGACCUUCAGCGCUUUGCACAACUUGCCAAGCAGAAGACUGCAGAGAUGGGCCUACCGGCUGAGACUCUGAGCGGCGACUUUCUGAGAAGCUUCCUGCAAAAUGUAGGCGCUGAGAUCACUCCAACUGCGGCGUUCGUUGGCGGUCGCUUAAGCGAGGAUGUUAUCAACGUUCUCGGUAAACGCGAGCAGCCAAUACAGAACUUCGCUCUCUUCGACGGCGAUUCGCUUGAUGGCAAAAUCUACUGCCUGUACACAAUUCCGCCAGAAAUGACGAUGGGCUUCGAUCCGAAUCUGCCCAUGGCAGCACGCACGCCCGAGGCAGCCAGACUUCAGCUUGCAAAGCUCGCUUUGCGCGAUGACAGCACCACGGGCGGCGCUAUACAGCACGACUCCCCGAACGCCUUGCUUGAGGAAGAGAUCAUGGUCAUCGAUUAG